CCGAACCGUCGGAAAGUCAACUAGGUCUUUCGUGGCAUGACAGCGCCUGGAUUCCGGUUCUCAAUCCUGAAAAUGUUUUGGAAUAGUUUUCACAAAGAACAAAUCCCUUUUAUGAUCGUACAUGCAAUAAUGAAGUCGUUAAAAUGCAGCGACUGGACCCGUCAACUUUGUCUACCAUGACAGGAAUUGAAUAUGUAGUUCUCCAUGUUCAAGAUCCAAUCCUAUAUGUCAUCCGAAAACAACACAGAAAUUCCCCAACUCAAGUUACUCCACUAGCAGAUUACUACAUGUUGGCAGGAGUGGUUUACCAAGCACCUGAACUUUGCUCUGUCAUCAAUUCUAGAUUGCUUUCUGCUUUACACCACAUACAAGCAGCUUUUGAUGAAGCUUCAUCAUACUCCAGGUACCAUCCUUCUAAAGGUUACUGGUGGGAGUUUAAAGAUAAACAACAGAAACAUUUAACAGCUUCUAAAAGGAGCCAAAGUAACAAGGAAAAGACAGUGAAGGAUCCAAACAAAGAGCCCAGUUCACAGUUUCAACGGGAAGGUGUUCACAUGUUGCUUGGGGAACUUUCAAGAAAGUUUCCACCUCAGUUUCUACAAGGACAGACUUCCACAGGCCAGGCCAAGAAGAACGGAGACAAAAAUUCUAACGACGACAGUGAAUCUAAAGAGGCAGACUCUUCAGCACUUGUAGAGCCGCUUUCUAAUGGUGCUACUGUGACAGGGGGCCUGGGCACCAAUGCAUCACGUGGUCCUCUUAACUCCCACCAGGCCAUUAAGAGAACAGCAAGCAGUGAUUCCUCCACAAAACCACCCCCAGGGAAGAAGAAGAAAAUUUGAACUAAACUUGAGAAUUUGAAAAGUGGGAACAUUAAUUAAAGAUGUGGGAAAUCACAGGGUUUCCUUGGAAAUAUAAAGAAAAUAUGACUUGACUCCAGAAUAAAGCAAGUUGAUCAGUGAGCUCACCCAGAUCCUUCCUUAUCGGGCUCAUUCUUUGGCUUACCCUUUUCACAAGAGUGUAUAUGUGAAUAAACAGGAGAGUGGUGGCUCGAGGCAGGCGGAGAUGAUGAUCCUGUAUAGGACAUUGGUAGCAUUUCACCUAGGAGGAUGUCAUCAUUUAAAACAGGAUAACUGCGCUUGUCCAACACUAGAAGUGGUGGGGAGAAGCAGGACUACCUACCAAUGAGUUGUGCAGCAUCUGCCUGGAAUCAGACCUGUGUAAAUAGUGAUGUAAUAAAGUGAAUCCCGAAAUGGA